AUGAACUCGGAAAACCCGUUUGAAGUCCCGGAAAACCCAUUUUCCGAUCCCUAUGUUCCCGUUGGUUCGGGGAACAAUGCGUCCUUUAUGUCUGAAUGUCAACGAAUCAAGAGAGAAAUCGAAACUUACAAGUCCAAUACCGAAAGACUCAGACACCUCCAGCACCAACAGAUGACCUCGGUGUCCGAGUCCGAGAAACAGCAGAUUUUGCAAUCCAUUGAUAGCUUGACAAUGUCAAUGAAGUCAUCCCAAUUAGAUAUUAAACAGUCGAUUGAAGACUUGAAACUACAGGUUGAUAGGUCGGAUCCAGAUAUGGUCAACCAAUUGAACAAUUUGAACAGGCUAUUCAGAAGCGGAUUGAAAGAUAUGAUCAUGGAGGAAGACCAUUUCAGAGAGGCAGUCACCCAUCAAGCCGUUGAACAAUAUCAAAUAAUCAAUCCUCAAGCCUCGUACAAUGAGGCCCAACAGUUUGUUCUCCAGAAUGGUCCCGACGAUGUGUUUGCCACUUCGUUGGAAAUGCAAAACAAAACAGCAGAAGCAAGACAAGUCUAUGAGAACGUCAAGUAUAGACAUGACGAACUAGUGAAGAUUCAAGAAAUGGCUGCUUCCUUGAACCAAAUGUUCAACGAUUUACAGGAUAUCGUACUAGAACAAGACGAAAUCCUCAAUUCCGCCAACUACCAAGUUAACUCUGCCCAGCAAGAGCUGGAAAAAGGUGACGCUAAUGUCGUGAAGGCAGUCAACCUGUCAAAGAGAAAUAGAAAAUGUAAAUGGAUCAUUCUCGUCUUAUGUAUAAUAUUGGCUGCCAUUAUUGCAGGUGUCGUUGCAGGUGUUGUCAAGCAUUUCCAGAACAAGUAA